AUGAGGAACAUCUACGUUGGCAUUGUGACAUGCUGUCAAAUAGUUUGGUGUCUGUCUCUAACCACCAUAAGUGGCUGGUAGCAAUCCAAUCCUGACCUCAUUGCGACAGAGUAUUUAUCUUUAUUAAACGUUACACCAUCCGAUACCUUUUCUUCAAUCCAUAUACUAGUAUUACUACCAGCGCGGCAUACAGAUGGGCGCAAGGCCUAAGGAUUCAUCACUAGUGGAGUCUUCGAGGAUAUAGGAGAAGGAGGGACAUAAAAUGGACUAAGGGAAAAUUUCACCAACAACAGUCCGUUAUUCUCAACCUAUAGGGUAACAGACCGUCAGAUACAGCGAAUGAGCUUCAAGUUCCAAUCAACACAUUUUAGCAACCAAUUGCUAUGAAAUGUUGAAAACAAAAUACUGUCAAAGUAUGAGAUGACAACUUGUCAUUGAAACAUCACCAGCUUAUUGAAUAUUAAGAAAUUACAUAUAAUUCAGUCAAAUUUUUAAGAAAUGUUUGAUUUUUGAAUUAAAUUCAUGUUUUAAUUACUAUUGUUGAUUUUUUAUUCAUGUUUAUAUUAUUUUCUUCAACCGAUAUGUGAUACUGGGUGUUUUUUCCUAUAAACCUCUUGCAGAUAGACAUUAAGCACCUACUUGAUGACAGGCUCUACCAAAAUAUAUCGCUCGUUUCCAAACAUUCAUUCAUUUACUUGCCGUUCAUCAGUACCAUUAUGGAACCUUAGAUUCUAGUUCUAG